AUGCCUGUGCGAGACCUUGCCAAAGCUUUCAUGAAGGACGAUAUGACCGAAGUUGAAUGGGUAGCCGGCGAGCCACAAGAACCUCCCAGCUGCUGUACCACGUUUGAGCUUUCAGAGACGGGAGCGAGUCCCAAAGAGGAAAACAGCAACUCCGACCCGAGUCAGCAACCGCAAAGGCCUGCCUUUCCUGCAUCCCGCUGCGCCUGA